AUGCAAAUCAACCGAACAACCAUCCACUCGUUCUUUGACACAGUUCUCUCGAUAUUGGGGAUCAUUGCGUGCAGUCUGGUGAUCUAUCUGUCACUCACAAACUACAAGAAUAAAGCCUUGAAAGUCUACAGCAUUAUGUUGGUGACAAAUGCCACGGUUGACCUGUUAUACGCCAUCAACACAUUGUGCACGUUUUGCGUAAGUUUUUGCGGAGUUUAGCAGAGGUGAUUAACCAGUUAUUUUCGACGUGUGAGUCUAAAAUCAGUCUGUCGGGAAAAUAAUGAGCACAAUUCUGCUGAGUCUGACAAUGAGUGAAAUUACACUCGAAAUAAAAAAAUUGACAAUUCGCUGACAACUACUGUAUAUAAACCUUAGCUGAAGACCGGCGACUGACUUAUUUUGAGCCAGCUGAAAAAACAACCGGGCGCCGAAAACAGCUCUUAUUUUCAGACCGCCGCAUUUGGCUACAAAGCCGUGUUUAUGCUCAUCGACAACCCGUAUUGGCCAAAGACGGUGUGGUGGACUUAUGCCGGCCUCUGCACGAACCUCUUUCUCAUGUUUCUGAGCGUUGGAAUGCUGCCGCUGCAGUUUAUCUAUCGUUACGGAGUGAUGCGGACGAAGCCGUUCACGAAGAAGCAAAUGUUCGUUUUCUUUUGUGUUUCGUUGAGUUUCGCAACCAUGCAUGGCUUUGUGUCGCCGUGGACUUUUAAGCCGCCCUCAGCGGAAUGGGAGCCCAGAAUUCGGGAGGCGCUUUCGUUGGACGACGAUGCAGAAUUGCCGGGAUAUGUGGUGGGAGACGUGGUAAGGAGGCGUGUGUAUUUAUGGCGAAGAUCGCUGAAACUCUCGACUGCCCCUGUAAAGCAUGAGCCAAAUUUUUUUGGAAAAGAAUUUUCAAUAUAAGGCCUAAGCUUGUGUGCAAAGUUUAACGAAAAACUAAGCGUUGCACUUGGUAGAAUUUACUUGCAAACCAAGUCGUUAGUCUUUUCGUGUACUGCUUCAAGAGAAAAAUACUUUGAGUCGCCCAUAUUUCAAGACAAUUCUGUUUAUAUGUAUUCCCAAAGGGCGUAUCAGCUUUUUUGUAACACACCCAGUUUCAGCGAACAUUUGGCGUGAUGGCGUUGCACUUCAUCGACAUCUUUGUCAUCAUGUUCUUCUCCUACGCAGUCAUCGUUGUAAUGGUCUUCCUCUCCAAAAGGACCCUAACAAUGGAAGAGGUGACUUCCGCAAGUCCACUCACCAAGGCCGUCCAACGACAGGUCACCCGGAUCAUCUACGUCCAGGUAAAAAUUCUUAGAAAUUAUAAUCUUACGCGUCAGAAUUUUUUAUAAAUAUUGGGCAUUGUAACAACACGCUCUGAAAUGACGGAAUUUUACAUUCUGUCUGAGUGGGAAAUUAAAGUUGCGUGCUGCAAUUUUUUUGCGACGAAAAACAUUUAUAGAUUCCGUAAAUAGUUUACAAUUAGUACAUAUUAUUGAACUUUAGUGUAACAAAAAAUUUAUGCAUGUGUAAAUGGACGAUAGAGUGCAGAAUUAAAGUGGCCUCAUUGUAUUUACAUCUGCUCUACAAUACACAUACGUAUCCUUUCACAAAAAAAUUUAAUAAGCAUUUUAAGAGAAUGUAUAGUUGCUCUAUUGGCAGUUUGAGAUGCUGUUUUGAUUCAAGCGUAGUUGAAGCAUUUGUCGGGAAAAUAAUGAACACUUCGCGACAUCGAAAGUCAUACCGCAGCCGAGAAAAUGAAUUGUGUCGCGGAAAGAUCAAAAUAUAAUACUUUUCACUUAAACAGUUCAAAAAAUUCGACAGAUUGUCGUAUUUUGCACUUUUCAGGCAAUCUAUCCGCUCUUUGUCGUGUGCGCGCCUUGCUUCAUCUUUCCGAUCCUUGCCGUCAAGGGCGCCGAGGUCAAGUUCUUUGGCGAAUGGGCCAUGCUUUCGAUGCACACGCCUCCACUUGUCAACUCACUCUCGGUGAUCCUUUGCGUGCCCAGCUACCGGGGAGUCGUCGCACAUCCGUUCACGGCGGAAAAAGUCCGCUCGCUGUAAGUUUGGUGGAACACUUUACAAGAUUACUGUAGCUGCCGGUGUCGCAUGCCGGCAGCUACAAGUCGAGGUUGGACUGCAUGGGCAGCCGAGAUAUAUGUAUAUAUUAUAUUUGAAGCCGAGAGAGUACGCAAAACUCGGAGUGCGGCCAAAACGGAAAGCACUUUUUGGCCAUAUCUCUGCUAAUUUCGCACGGAAAAUAUGUAUUUAUUUUUUGGUGGAAACAAAACUCUCUACGAUAAAAAUAGGCAUAUAAACUUCUGAAAUUUGCGACGAUGUUUGGGAUUUUUUCCGCGAAAAUUAUACACAAACUCGCAUAUGAGCUUCGCAGACCUUCUAUUUCGGCUAGAAAAAAGUCUCGGUUCGUCUCUACAAAGCGCAAAACUCGCAUAUGCCCCAAAAAAGUAAAAACAUAGGCAAUAAGAAAGACAUCUCGAGCCACUUAUUGCUAACAAAAAUUUUUAGGAACAAGAAAUUUCUGCGAUACUACCACGGCACCAAGAUGACCUUCACCCAGCUACAGCCCACCAUCACUGCUCCAAUCUCUUCCAAUUACAUCACAUAA